CCGAUGUUAGAAUCGGAGCUUCACGAUUUAUUCGACGACGCCGAUUACGCCGCUUCGUAGCAACAAGGUUCUGCUAGCGUCAUGCUGCGAAGCGACAGUACUAAGGUGAGCUCGCCUCAUGAGCGGGACGAUGCUGAGAUUGUGUUUUUGAAGGACAGUGUGGCAAUUCAUCCAACGCAUUUUGCAUCAGAAAGAAUUAGUGGAAGACUGAAGCUGUUUAAGCAAGGCACUUCCUUGUUCAUGACUUGGGUUCCUUACAAAGGCCAUAGCUCAGAGGCGAGCCUUUCUGAGAAAGAGAGAAGCCUUUACACCAUAAGAGCGGUGCCCUUCACUGACAUUAGGUCCAUCCGGAGGCAUUCACCUGCACUUGGAUGGCAAUAUAUCAUUGUUGUUCUAUCAUCAGGUUAGUUUGCAGGAGGGUGUUGAAACAAAGAAACUUGCUUCGGAUAUUGCUGAUAUUUCCAUAAAAGAAGAAUACUCAAGUUCUCCCACCAUUAGUAGUAAUCAAGAUGGUGGUUUCUUGUGGAAGGAUGAUUUUGCAAAUAAUUUGGACUCUAUAAAGUAGGACAAAGUUGGUUCUUUGUCUUUCACCGUAACCAGUGUGACUUCACGUCAGCCGAAUGAAUUAAACAAAAAAUCCAUUAUGAGUGAUGGGAUGAAUUUGAUUCAGAGGUCUCCACAACUGAAGAGUCCUGUCGCAAAGCCGGCAGCUCGAACCAAAGUUCCUUUUGAAAAAGGAUAUAGUCAAAUGGAUUGGCUUAAGCUUACUCGGACACAUCUUGACCUUGCAGGUUCUUUUACUUAAUCUAUUGCCUUAUUUUUUAUUUAAAAAGAUGACUCUACUUAGUUGUAGUUUUGAAUGAUAAGAAUACAUGAAGCUUAUGGUUGAUUAUUGUAGUUGAAUUUAAAAUAAGUUGCACAAAAAUUAUAUAUGAAACAUCCCCUUAUAUAUGAAUGAGUCUGAGUAUUAUUA